AUGAUUGAUGAUUCGCAAUAAAUUAUAAAGGAAAUGAUCUAAAGUAAUUCGAUACAGCAACUAAUGGAGUUUAUGAACAAAGUCAAACCAAACAUUUUAAAUUUAGAUUGUGGUAGGAAAUAAACAAGUAUUCUUAAAUAUAUAUUCCAAGUUCUACAUAUUGCUGUUUAGAGAAAUGAUUACCCAUUUUUAAAAUUUCUUGAAUAAUACUCUAUUGACAAUUAUAAGGAGAACGAGAUUAGAAAAUUGGUUAAUACAUACAAUAUCGAAAUCUUCACAGCCCUUCAUAUUGCAUCUUAUAAUGGGAAUGUGGUAUAUCUGAUUUUAUUUAUAUAAGGAAGCUGUGAAGAUCCUACUCAACAUCGGUGCUGAUUCUGCACUAAAAAGCGGUUCUGGCUUAUUGCCUAUACAUGCUGCAGCCUAAGGAGAUUAACCAUAUAUGGUGGUAUAAUGUUUUUUUGUAUAAAAGUGGUAUUGGUUAUAAUAAGGAAUCUCAAUCGAUGCACAAGAUGAUGCUGGAAAUACUUGUUUACAUUGGGCAGCCUAUUAGAAGUAUUCUAUUUAUUUUAAAGUCUGUAGUUGUGAAUUAACCGUGAGCUAUUUGAUUUCAUUUGGAUGUAAUGUUGAUUCUAAAAACAAUGAACAAUAAACUGCAUUACAUAUUGGGGCAUCUUACGGAUAAUCUAGGGUUGUGAAGAAACUACUAAUCAAGGGUGCUUAAAGAAACAUAGAAGUAAUUUGGUAUAUUCUAUAUAGGAUGUAGAAGGAAAAUUACCAAUCAAUUUGACUGAAUCUCUCUAGAUUAAGAAAAUGCUUGAAGAUAAAACUGAUUUGGCUUUAUUCUAUAAUUUGAAAUAGCCAUAUCAUCCAAUUAAAAGAAAUCGAAAAUCCAUUAUUGUUUACUACUUUGUAAUUCUGACAUCCCAAAGUUGCAUAGUUAACAUCAUAUAGGAAAUCUAGGGAGGGUUAUUGUUCAUUUUUUAUUAUGUUUUUCUGGCUAUUCUACUUUUGGCUUCCAUUUUGACAUAGUGCUGCGAUCCAGGAAUAAUUACUUUACAUCUCACCAUUCAAGAAGCCAUUGAAUAAUAGAUAGAUCCUAUUAAUAUCUGUCCAGAUUGUUGGGUUAUUAAACCAUAAAGAUCAAAACAUUGUGAAUUUUGUAAAAAAUGUGUUAUUGUCUAUGAUCAUCACUGUCCAUGGAUAAAUAACUGCGUUGGAGCCAAGUAAAUCAUACUUUAACCCUAUGUAGAAAUUUACUAUAUUUUUAUGUCUACCUGAUUUCUCUAAUCCUAAUCUAGCUUUAUUCAGCAAGCAUUAUUGUUUACUGUAAUUUUAUUUUUUUAUUUUAGACUUUUUUAAAUCUGAUGACUUAACUUUGAACGACUAUCUAAUAAUGUUAUAUCCAAUUUUGAACACAUUUAUCUUCAUUACUCCAAUUUUGUAAGUCAUCAUCUCUAUUUAAUAGUCUUCUAUGUAUAUACUAAACAAAGAAUUUAUAUUAUGGAAUCACUACUUAUGAGAGAAUAACUGGAUAAAAGAUAAGCCUUAAAUCCAGCUUAUUAGAUCCUCAAGUAAGUUUAAUUAAUCAUAUGUCAUAAGGAAAACAUUCAAGAUUCAUAAUCUGAAGAAUUAAAAGUAGAACCCUCCAUAUAAAAUUGUUAUAAUUAGUGUUUCAGAAAUAAGAAAAAAUUUAAAAAAUAUACAUGCAGUUGA